AUGGCCCGAUCGACGCGCGCGCGCGCCGCGUCGACGCCCGCGUCGACGUCGUCCGCGAGCGCGUCGAACGCGAGCGCGACGGCGACGGGCGAGAGACGAACGCGAGCGCCGGAGACGAAUGCGCGACGCAUCGACGGAAAACGUCCCACGCGCGCGACGUCGCGCGCGCGGCGCGAAGGGCGCGCGGUGAAGGACGCGCCCUCGAGCCCGCUGCGAUCGGUGGCGACGCGCGUGGGAACGGUGGUGCGCACGCGGGCGGAGUACGUCGCGGUGUACGCGCCGAGAGUGCCGCUGGCGAGCAGCGCGUUCGUGUUGUUCGCGUACGCGAUGCUCGUGCCGAUGCUCGGACGGGUGUAUCACGCGGUGACGACGGAGGGACGAAUCGUGAGCGACGUCGCGAGUGGGUCGUGGGAUCUGGGGGGGAGGUUUAAGGUUGGAUGGGAUCGAGACGCGGUGGCGUUGCGGGCGACGUACGCGAGCGGAGAGGGAGGGGUGCGAUGUGCGCUCGGGUUACGGUGCGAUGAGAGCUCGCAGAUCGCUUGGGAGACGGUUCCGGGACGGCCGUUCGUGCGAGUGGGGAGCGGGGAGAUUAAAGUCGCGCAGUUGAUUGCGGGACAUUUUAAGAUUUCAAUGAAGUCCGUUCUGCGGACGAGCAUUCAGACGGUGGAUGAGAUCGUACACGACGCGCACGGGCAGAAGUUAGUCGUGAGAGGGAAAUUGGUGAAAGAGGACGCUUUGCUCGACCGAGUGAUGAUGAAGCUCGGGGACGUUGGUGCGCGACUUCGAGACAGGAUGGUUAGGCGUCGCGAGUACUUGGCGCGCUCAAAACUCGUGGCGUCGUAUGAGUUCACGCUCGAGAGCGAUGGAGACGACAGGCUCGCUUUCGCGAUCAGUUGGGACGACACCGUUCCAGGGGUCAGCCGCGCGGGACGAAGGCGAAGGAUCGUUGAACUCAAUCAGCUCGACUUUGAGUAUGCGAUGGACCAGGAUGAAAGCGUGUACGGGUUGGGCGAACAGUUUUCCUCGCAUAAUCACAGAGGACGAAAGGUACCGGUGAUCACCGGGGAGCAAGGGAUGGGACGUGGGAUGCAGCCGCUUUCAUUCAUGUUCAAUGGUUUGUUUCCCGGUUCGGCGGGUUCUUGGCACACGACGUACACGGCUAUCCCGCAUUACGUCACGCACAAGGCGCGCUCUGUGUUUCUCACCAAUUACACGUACAGUGAAUUUGAUUUCACUGAGGAGGACUCCGUGAUCAUUCGCGCCGCGGCGCCGACAGGGUUGCUUAUGGGUCAAAUAAUCGGUGCAAAGACCAUUCCGGAUGUUUUACGAACGUAUACGGAUUACGCAGGACGAAUGUUGCCGCUACCGGAUUGGCCGAUGGACGGUGUCAUUCUCGGUCUCACUGGAGGGACGAGUAAAGCGCGCGAGGUGCAUAACACCCUGACGAACGGUGGUGUCAAGGUGAGUGGACUGUGGCUGCAAGACUGGGGCGGCGCUCGCAACACAUCGAUCGGUAUCGAACGAGUUUGGUGGAAUUGGAGACUCGACCCAGCGCAGUAUCCCGGAUGGAACGAACUGCGAGAGGAGAUGAAAGCAAAGGGGACGCAUCUAUUGACGUACGUCAACACGUUCUUGAUGGACUCGAAUUCUGAUAAGGGUGCGUUUUAUCGUCACGCGAAGGAGAAUAAUUACAUGGUGCGAGACAUCAAGGGGGAAGUUUAUAGACUCGGUUCUGAGCCCGGCGUCACGUUCGGCUUGCUCGACCUGUCCAAUCCCGCUUGUGUGCGGUGGAUCGAAGACAUCAUCGUAGACAUGAUUAAGAAGACGGGUGCGAUGGGCUGGAUGGCGGACUUUGGAGAGUACCUUCCGUUCGAUGCCAUGUUACACUCCGGCGAACUUCCGAUCGAGGUGCACAACCGAUAUCCGGAGGAGUGGGCUGAGAUCAAUCGACGCGCGAUGAAACGAGCCGGUCUCGAGGGAUCGGGUUUGUUUUGGAGCCGUAGCGCGAGCACGAAAUCGCCGAAACACUCGGCCCUUUUCUGGCUCGGCGAUCAAAUGGUUUCCUGGGACGCGCACGAUGGCAUCAAAACGGCCGUUCUCGGCGCUCUUUCCGGCGGCUUGUCCGGCCUCACCAUGACGCACAGCGACGUCGGCGGGUAUACUGCGCAUCCUCUGAAGCACCGAUCGGUCGAGCUCCUGAUGCGAUGGAUGGAGUUGAGCGCGUUCGCGGACAGCAUCUAUCGUACGCAUCAAGGGAAUCGUCCUUUGCACAACGCUCAGCCGUGGUGGUCCCCGGAGCUGGUCGAACAGCUGAGAGUUUGCGUGGACAUGCACGUCGCUCUGAAGGAGUACAAAAAGGAGCUCAUGCGAGAGGCUCAUGAAGUGGGUCUCCCUUUGAUGCGUUCGAUGGUCAUUCACUACCCCAAUGAUCCCGUCGCCACGACGCUCACGCAACAGUUUCUCCUCGGACCAGAUAUUCUCGUCGCACCGGUGCUGGACAAAGGAGCGACGCACGUGCAUCUGUAUCUCCCGCCUGGCGACGUAUGGGUCGAUGUUUGGACGACGCAACGCGCGCCCGCGCAACCGGAUGCGAAAUCGUCCGAAGACGGAGGACGCGGAGCGUGGAUAACGGUAGACACCCCGAUGGGGUGGCCUGCCGCGUUUGUGCGAAAGGCCGCCGGAAAGGCGGCUCGACAGGCGUCCGCGCUCCUUCGCGAAGGAGCCAUGGAGCGCGGUGGAGUGCCGGCAAAUCGCCGCGUUCGGCCGAUGGACUCUCUCGAUAAAAUCGUUUUGGGAUUCCUCUAG